GGAAGUUAUAAACUCCGACUGGAGCCAUCAAGGUCACGAGAUUUCGAGCUGUUUUCGUGUCUCCUAGCCCAUCUAGCCCAUCUAGUGUACUUUCGGUUGCAGUACAGUUUCCGCGCGACUUGAAUUGGUCUAUAAUAAAGAGAUAUCACUACGCAUCCAUCUCUAUACAACUGCAACUAUACACUCUUCCGAAAUAUGAACAUAGUCACAUAUUCGUUCUCUUGUUCAUCAGCACAACACGUCUUAUCUCACCUGCUACCUACUUAUGCUGAACAUCACUUCUUACAAUGAAAACUUUGCCAUUCUACAAAGUAUGCAAACUCCUAGACGAACUCGAGGGCUUGAUCUGCAGGUUUCCGCCAUUGCUUCCCAAGAUUUUGAAGGAGAAGGUGAGUGAUGCCUGGAUUCGUUGGUUCAAACUCCAUCGCGAUACCUUGGAUGCUAUGUAUAAAGACGACCCUUCGGUUUUAUUUACCCUUAAACCAGAGGUUCUGGAUGAUCGAGACUACGACGUCCACAAAGUAACCUUCGAACGCUUCCUUGCUAGGUAUUUUUAUAUGACUGUCGAACAACGUGCCACAUUCAAAGAGUUCGAAGAGGGGGAUGGGACAUUGAUACCUGUGUGGAAUCCCAAGGCUGGUCGCGAUGAUUUAGUUAGGAAUGAUAUAGGCUAUCGUGUACAAUGUAUCAUGAAGUAUAUAGGACGAGAUACGAAUCAGGAGACAGUCGUUGAACAUAUGAAAGUCACCGUGCAAGAGAUCGAGGAUACUCUAAUCACCAUUGCUGCUCAGAACGAAGGGUCUUCAGCUACUAUAAAAUCUCUCGCAGAUCCAAAUGACAAAGACACCUGGGACCGCCUUGGACUGAUAUACUCGAGGCUUCAAAGCUCUCAAGGAAAAUGGCUCACUCGUGUUAUUCAUAAAGACUUUGGGUUCCAGGUUCCAGUUGAUAUUUUAGUUACAGCGGUUCACACAAGCUUCCCUCGGGAUCUAGAGGUAAAGGCUAAGUUUGAUGUCAAAAAUCUGGUACCAAUUCGAAGGCGGGGUGAUACAGGAAUCAUCAUGCCUAGUGUCAUUCAACCAAGACGGCUCUUUACAAAAGAUCAAGGCACCCAAACUAUGCCAGUUUCGUUGGUCGCACGAUCAACCAAGUCCCUAAAACUGAUUUCGCCUCCAUCAACAAGACAAUCAAGACCUCUCGUUUUGUCCGAUUCUUCAGUGUCUUCCUUGAAUGUUAUGAAGUCACUGCCGCAACAAAUGCUUCCAAUAAUCUCUAAAAACGUCGAGAUUCCUCAAAUCACACCGAAUAGGCCUACCCAUAGAUCUCGUCGGAUGUCUCUAGAGCAAUUAAGGUCUCUACAGAAAGUAAACUCUUCUGAACCUCUUACCGAAACCAUCUUUACCGGCACUGGUCAAUGUAAGCAAACAACAAACUGUGCCUUCCAUAACGCAAUAUUCAUACUCUCCCCUUGCAUUUCCUCCCACCUCUGGCUAACCGACCUCCUCAAAUCCCACGGCGCAACCUACAUCACCUCCUUACUGCCUCUGACCCGUAAAGUCCUCCCCAAACGCUGUCUCAAAACCGGCAAAAGAGUCCGCAAAAUUGCGCUCGUCGAACACGGCAGAAUAGAUCAAACCAUCGCUUUCAUGAAGCAAAUUGGCGCCCUUCAACUCACGAGAUCAAACGGUAAACGUGAUUGGAUAGAGGCAUGCGAUUGGCGUUUAUUGGAGAAAAUCGCUGGGUUGGAGAAAGGCAACGAGAAUAUCCAGGCUGGUAUUUGGGAACGUCAUCGCUUGGGUACAGUUUAGCGUAUCGUUUUGCAUGCAAAUAUUUACCGACGAGGCGAAUGUUCGCAUAGCUCUUAUUGUUUAUAGACAUACGAUCGCUCGCCUUUCAAUGAGUAUGGAUGGCUUAUGGUUACAAAGCAUUUUUAUUUUGUAUAUGGGGAGGUUGGUAUUUUGAUUAGAGCCAACGGAUGCAUUGGAAAGACACCACACCCCGCAUUCUGGAUACCCCUAUUCGCUUCGCAGAUCGCUUUUGGUCUACGCGUUGGAUGAUACCCACCCACGCUUUAUGAUAGAUAUACAUUUAUACAUGUACAUAUUACAUAUACGUAUUUAUGCUUACAAAAUAUCAAAUAAAAAUACA